AUGAAGGGCCGUAUAGACCUGCAGGUAGAAUCUGGAUGGCCACAAGGAUCUACGGAUGAUGUGGAACAGAGGAAGGGUGGAACAAAAGUGGCAUUUCCGGAAGCGUCCCCUGAAAGGGUGGGUGGAAAGUGCAGUCACGUGACCCAUGAAGUGACAGAGGAUUUUUCUCCUCGGGAUCCAAAAAGUGUUGUGAAGCAAGAUGGCGGGGGCUGCCCUUCGGCCACACCAGCAUUGCCCCUGCCCGAACUGGAAAGGGAAGAGGAAAAAGAAGACGACAUUUCAGAUCCUCUGGACCUAAACCCCUGUAGUGCAACAUACAGCAACUUAGGGCAAUCUAGAGCAGCCAUGAUACCUCCCAAGCAUCCACGGCAGCCCAAGGGAGCUUUGGAUGAUACCAUUGCCUUUGGAGGAAAAACAGACCAAGAAGCACCUAAUGCUUCUCAACCCACACCACCCCCACUACCAAAGAAGAUGAUCAUAAGAGCCAAUACAGAGCCGCUCUCCAAAGACCUCCAAAAAUCCAUGGAAAGUAGUCUGUGUGUCCUGGCUAAUCCCACCUAUGAUAUCGACCCCAACUGGGAUGCCAGCAGUGCUGGCUCUUCCGUCAGCUGUGAACUUAAGGGACUGGACAUUGAAUCUUAUGAUUCCUUGGAGAGACCUUUGCACAAGGAGAGACCUGUCCCCUCAGCAGCAAACAGCAUCUCCAGCUUAACCACUCUCAGUAUUAAGGACAGAUUUUCCAACAGCAUGGAGUCCUUGUCCAGCCGGCGUGGUCCCUCUUGCAGGCCCGGCCGAGGCAUUCAGAAGCCACAAAGACAAGCACUUUAUCGAGGACUUGAGAAUCGGGAGGAAGUGGUGGGUAAAAUCCGAAGCCUUCAUACAGAUGCGUUGAAGAAACUGGCUGUUAAAUGUGAAGACCUCUUCAUGGCUGGGCAGAAGGACCAGCUCCGUUUUGGGGUGGACAGCUGGUCAGACUUCAGGCUAACCAGCGACAAACCAUGUUGUGAGGCAGGCGAUGCAGUUUACUAUACUGCUUCAUAUGCAAAAGAUCCACUUAAUAACUAUGCAGUCAAGAUCUGUAAGAGCAAAGCUAAAGAGUCUCAGCAGUAUUACCACAGCUUGGCUGUCCGGCAGAGUCUGGCUGUCCAUUUUAACAUCCAGCAGGACUGUGGUCACUUUCUUGCCGAAGUCCCCAACCGUCUGCUUCCCUGGGAGGAUCCCGAUGCCCCUGGAAAGGAAGAGGAUGAAAUGGAAGAGAGCGAAGAAGAAACAAAAGGAGAAACUGAUGGGAAAAACCUGGAGCCCUCUUCCGAAGCAGAGUCAUCCCAGAAAGAGAGCCAGGGAGUCACGAGCAAGAAGCAGAGAAGCCACGUCGUGGUCAUCACCAGAGAGGUUCCCUGUCUCACUGUGGCCGAUUUUGUGCAAGACUCUCUGGCCCAGCAUGGGAAAAGCCCUGACUUGUAUGAAAGGCAAGUCUGCCUGCUGCUCUUGCAGCUGUGCUCUGGCCUCGAACACCUCAAACCCUACCACGUCACUCACUGCGAUCUGCGCCUGGAGAACCUGUUGCUUGUCCACUACCAGCCUGGGGGAACUGCCCAAGGCCUUGGGCCUGCAGAGCCCAGCCCCACCUCAUCUUGCCCCACAAGGCUUAUAGUGAGCAACUUCUCUCAGGCCAAGCAGAAGAGCCACCUGGUGGACCCCGAGAUCCUCCGGGACCAGUCCCGCCUCGCCCCAGAAAUCAUAACCGCUACCCAGUAUAAGAAGUGUGACGAGUUCCAGACAGGCAUCCUCAUCUAUGAGAUGCUACAUCUGCGCAACCCUUUUGAUGAGAACCCGGAGCUGAAGGAGAAGGAAUACACGCGCGCAGACCUGCCUCGCAUCCCACUCCGCUCCCCCUACUCCCGGGGCCUGCAGCAGCUGGCCAGCUGUCUCCUGAAUCCCAACCCUUCCGAGAGGAUCCGCAUUUCAGACGCCAAAGGCAUCCUCCAGUGUCUGCUCUGGGGCCCCCGGGAAGAUCUUUUCCAGACUCUCGCCGCCUCCCCCAGCCUAGUGCAGAGGAACAGCCUGCUCCAGAACUGGCUAGACAUCAAGCGCACUCUGCUGAUGAUCAAGUUUGCUGAGAAGUCCCUGGACAGGGAGGGGGGGGUCAGCCUCGAGGACUGGCUUUGUGCUCAGUAUUUGGCUUUUGCCACCACAGACUCGCUCAGUUGUAUUGUGAAAAUCCUGCAACAUCGUUAAUGUGUCCUGGAUGCUGCUUUUACUACACUUUCACCUUCCUCAUGUCACCCACCUACUUCCCCUUCCUAAUACACAGAAUUCAAGGAAAGAAGAGAAAGAAAUCUUCCGUCCCUGUCCACAAGCGAGUGGGUCCAUUCAGAAAGGUUAUUCAGAGCUCCAAAUCCAGUGAGAAGCUGAGUCUGUCUUAACUUUACAGAAAUUCAACUGCACAAAUGUGCCGUUGCCCUCCCCUGCAACACCUUUCAUCCUAAUAGUCCAUAAAUUCAGGUAAAAAAAAUGAGAAUGCACAUCCUUGAAGAGACAGCUCCUUUGCUAUGAACUCAGUGAACCAGUGAGCUUUGUCCAGUUCCUCCAUAAUUCUGAAUAUCUCCUGUCUUUUUAGCACCAAGUGUUUAUUCCAA